AUGUUAUUUUUCCUCAUCAUCUUACUUUCCAUCGAGGAUUCCAAUGGCUCACUUCUGGAUUAUGUCAAUGUCUACGUUGGUACUCAGAACACGCGUACAAUGAGCAGAGGUAAUUUAUAUCCAUGUAUAGGUAGUCCUUUUGGUCCGCAUUGUUUUACUUUUCAAACUGAAAGUCGAUAUGAUGGAUGGAUUUACAGACACGGCAGUACUAUCAAUGAACUUAGAUUUACACAUUGCCCUUCUCCAUGGAUCCGAGACUACAACAACUUCUUCCUCUCUUUUAACAAAGCAAUUCGUGUUGAUUCUGCAACACCGGCGUACACUUCUUUUCAUUUGCAAGGUGUUGAUACUGUUACAUGUGAAUUAACAGGAAGAAAGAAUGUAUACAAGCUCAGAGUGAACACUACUGUACCCAUCGCUUUUGAUAUCUCAAUUAGUGGAAUAAAAAGUGUAGAACGACCUGGUAACUCCGAUCAAACCUUUGUGAAAUAUGCAAAUGAAAAUGCACCUUAUAAUUUUGACUUGAAAAUGGUAAUUCAAUCAAGUGGAGUCAAACCAAUUUACAGAGAUGGCAAUAAACUCACAUUUUCUUUUACUUCCAACACUACCUUCACUUUUGGAUUCAGUUAUUUAGCUAUCAUAGACGCUUUGGGGUAUGCACGGGAGUAUCCUGAUUUUUCCAAAUUAAAGACGGCAGCCGAAGAGAUGUGGGAAAAGACUUUAUCAAAAGUUGUAGUCGAGAUGGACACUGAGAUUCAAAAGAAAACGUUUUAUUCCAAUUUCUAUCGAUUUGCGUUAUAUCCACAUGACAUAACAGAGAAGGGGAAGUACUUGUCACCAUUCUCUGGAGUCAUUAAGACUGGGGGCUUUGCAACAGAUAUAGGGUUUUGGGAUGUAAGUCGGGCUCAAGUGCCUUUAGUGACUUUAGUGUCUCCAGAGACAGCAAACAACCUUGCACUUGGGUUAGUCGAUGCUUUUGUACAAAGUGGAUUUAUCCCACAGUGGGCGUCUCCCCAUACAAGAGAAUGUAUGAUAGGAAAUCAUGCAGACUGCGCCAUUGCACAAGCGUUAAUAACUAAUACAACUGUGUUGGACGUCCAAAACGCAUUAAAAGCAAUUCGAGGAGACAAGCGCCAAUACACCGAAUCAGCCGGUCGUGAUGGGGUGCACUUUUUUGAUACAUUUGGAUAUGUUGUACCUAACAUUAAGUACAGUGUGUCUAAAACAUUGGAUUAUGCUAUGAACGACUACUGCGGAUACCAAAUUGCAAAAUUGGCUGGAAAUGAAAAGGAAAUGAAACGACUGAAGAGGCAAGCAAUGAACUACCAAUUUGUAUAUGAACCCGAGUCACACUUUUUUAAGAAGAAAAUGGUGAAUGGACAAUUUGAUGGAUUGGACCCAUUUAGGUGGGAAGAUGGGUAUAUAGAGGGGAGUUCGUUCUCAUACCGCUUCAGUGGGCAACAAGACAUCACUGGGAUGAUCAACUUAUUUGGGAAGAAACGGUUUGAUGCUGCUUUGCAUGAGAUGCUGAAACUUCCAAACUACUUUAACACAGGUGGAACGAACAAUUUGAAUAACGCGAUGGCUGAAAUGAAGUUGUUUGAUAUGGGACAAUACGCCCAUGGGAAUGAACCAUCCCAUCAUAUUUUGUCACUCUUUAGAGUUAGUGAAAAUACAACUAUUGUAGAAAUAGGAGAACGCGCAAUACAAAAGGUGAUGAAUGUGUUGUAUAAUCCAACAGCAGAAGGGUAUUGUGGGGAUGAAGAUAACGGACAAAUGUCGGCGUGGUAUCUCUUCAAUGCACUUGGGUUUUAUAGCACAAUGCCAUCAUCGGGGGAGUAUAUCAUCGGUACUCCUUUAGUGAAUACAGCACAACUCAAUUGGGGGGAUCGAAGUGGGUCAAUUAAAGUGACCAGAAUUUCUCGUGCAGAGACAUCCGACAAACCAUUGAAUUAUAAUAAUGUAACUAUACAUGUGCAGAAAGUGUAUGUCAAUGGAAUUCGAUGGACGAAAUUGUAUUUCACACAUCAAGUGUUGACGAGUGGAUCUCAUAUCGAAUUUAUUGUUGGGGAUUCAAGCAACAAAAGGAAGCUAAUAAUGAGUGACUUACCAACAUCAAUAUCAGAGCCGUUUGAGUAUAAAAGUGUGUUCCAUACACUGGAAAGAAUCAAAGUAUUUAUCAUAUAA